CGAAUAACAGUCCGGGGGAAGAUGGACUAGAUACCUAAGCAACUGAACCGCUACAAACUACAUCAUGCUUUUCUUACACGAUCAUUGGAUUCUGUUUAUACUGUUUUCACUGCAAAGUGUUAAUGGUGUACAAGUGAUCGUGAAAGAUGAGAAGAAGUUUGCCAUGCUGUUCUCCCCCAUCGUUCUUCCGUGUCAUUACACCACCCAUUCCACUCAAAUUGCAGUGGUGCAAUGGUGGUAUAAGUCCUUCUGUACGGACCGCACACGGGAUUCUUUCACGUUUACAGAGACCCUGGGGGUCCAUGUCUCUGAUGUGCGAGGCACCUCUCAUCUGGACUGUUCAGACAAGAGCCGGACUGUCCGCAUAGUGGCCUCUGCACAGGGGGCUUCAGUGACCUUAGCGGAACACUACAAAGAGAGAGACAUCUCCAUCAUAAACAAAGCAGAUCUGCGCAUUGGACAAUUGCAGUGGGGUGACAGCGGGGUUUACUUUUGUAAAGUUAUCAUUGCUAAUGAUUUGGAAGGAAUAAAUGAAGACCAGGUGGAGCUACUGGUGCAAGGUAGGACAGGUGUGCUGGAUGACAUCCUGCCUGAGUUUGAUUUGGAGAUUAUGCCAGAAUGGGUGUUUGUGGGAGUUGUCGUCCUCGGUAGCAUCCUCUUUCUGCUACUGGUUGGGAUCUGCUGGUGUCAGUGUUGCCCUCAUUCCUGUUGUUGUUACGUCCGCUGCUGCUGCUGUCCUGAUACAUGCUGUUGUCCAAAACACUUAUAUGAAGCAGGGAAGAUGGCAAAGAGCAGCCAAGCUCCUCAGAUUGCCAUGUAUCAACCUUAUUACGUUCCUGGUAUUCCUGUGGUUCCUUCAACUGCACCAUCUCUCAUUGAUCCCAAGCUGAUCCCAACUGCUGUCCCUCCUUCAGUAGAAAACAAUAUAGUCGGAGUGCGCAGUGGCUAUCGACUCCAUGCCAGUCAGGGUCAGGACGCUAUGAAGGUUGUGUACUACGUAGAGAGAGACCUGGCGCAGUUCCACCCUACCAAGGGGGCCAGUCAUCCAUCAGCUGGCAGCCUAUCAGAACUGAGCUCUCUGCAUGAUGCUGAUGUAGACUUCAGGCAGACCUAUAGGCAGAUCCAGAGGAAGGCACUGCCACCCAUCAGCGACCAUGGCGACGAGCCACGCCUCCGAACUGCAUCAAUUGGCCAUGGGCUCCGCCACUCACAUUACCAAAGCAAUAAUUCUUUGGAUGAGCAUGACAGCAGGUGGAACUGUCGCUCCGAGUACCUGCCUCGCAAAGCCUUUGACACCAGGGGCCGUACGGGGUCGUUAGAUGAACUUGAAGAGUUUGCCAUGUCAUACGGCCCACAUGGUCGUCAGCGAGGUGACGUUCGAGAACCUCAGCGAGACUUCGAAAUGGCCCCGAGGUCACGGGACCAUUACACAUCCUAUCGAGACGGCCCUCGUUGUUCCCGUGAUGCAGACGACGAUGACUGGCGUCGGCGAGACUCACCGCCGUCCCCGCCUAAAAGGCGCGGUGCCAGCGAGCGUUACGCUGCCCGUCAGAGGUCGUAUGAUGACACCUACCUGAACAGUCUGCUGGAGCGCAAGGCCAGGGGCGAGCGUGGAGAGCGAGGUGGGAGGGCUGACAAUGACAGUGACACACCCUCAAAAGGCAGUUCCAAGAAGAGCAGUGACUGUUACAAUAGCAGGUCACCUAGCAACCGGCCCGAGGAGGAUGAUCCAUUACCUCCGUACUCUGAAAGAGAGGCAGAGAGGUUUAAAAAUGAACGGUACAGGACCGCUGACCCUGCCAUGCGCCCUUUUUCGUACACACGGCCGGCCCAUGGGCUUGCCCAUACGUUGCAGGAGCGCAGGGAGGAAAGAGACAAACCCAGGAAACUGACCACUCACCUAAGCAGAGACACUUUAAUUGUGUGACAUCAUCAGACUGAACUGACAUCAUACUGUUAACAUCACCAUCAAGCUGAAGAGAAAUGCACCAGACACCAAGAAUCAAUCAGGACACAUUACACAGGAUUACAAAGACAUGAAGAAUCAAGGGGAGGGACUUACUGUAUGAACGUGUUUGUGUUUACCUGAAUUACAAUUUUACAUUUCGUACUUUAUUAGGUAAAAAGUAGUCUUCUCUACUACCAAUGCACUUGAAUUUUGUGAUCUAAAUUUUACAACAAGGACUUCAAAAUAUUCAAAUUAUGUUUUUAAUUAUUUUGCUCGGUUGUGUUAUAAACAUUCCUUGAUGUUUUUUAUGCCUUAAGUACUGUAACUGGACACUGUCUCUGAUAUUUCAGUGUUUGUUUGCACUGCACCGUAAAUGUAUGCGUCAUCUUUUAGCUUUUCAAGGGAAUAUGUGCCAUUUAUUUGUAUUCCAUGAUUUUAAAUAAUGAUUUUGAU